AUGAGCCACUACCCAUACCAAGGCCAAGGCGGUCAAGGUCAAAGCCAAUACUACGACCAAACCGCGCACCCAUCCCAACACCAACACUCACAAUUCCAACAACAAUACAACCCAAACGGAUACGGUAGCCCUCGAGGUGGAGGUGUCAGUGCACCAGCUUACUCGGCACACCCCGUCGCUUCUGGGAUGAUGGCCGCUGGCGGUGAUCCUGGGAACGGGUAUAUGCCAACCCCGGCGUUUAACCCAAGUUACAUCAACGGAGGAGGCGGCGGAGGGGGAGGGUACGACAACUACAAUGGCAACGGUAACGCGAACUAUAACAAUGGAACGACGACGGCGUAUGGGAAUGUACCGGUGCCGGCAACAGGACAUAACUACCAAGGGGGUGGGUUGACGUAUCAGCAGACCCUUCCUUCGACGCAGCCUGGAGGAGCAGUAGGAGUGUCAGGACAAGGAGAAGAGGAUGUAAAGGCACAGCCGCCGCAGCCUGAGGGUGAUUACCCUAUCGUCAUGGCUAUUGACUUUGGAACAACGUUUUCAGGAGUGGCCUUUGCACUGAAAGCAGAUGGCGAGGUUCACGACGUGACCAAAUGGCCUCGUCAUCUUGCGCAGUACCCCAAGACACCGACCCUCAGCUUGUACAAGAAGGACUCGAAAAAGAUUAUAGAGUGGGGCCAUGUAGCGCGUCUAGCAAUGCUCAAACCCGCCGCCAAGGACUACACGCUCCUCCGCAAGUUCAAACUGCAGCUGGACGAGACUCUGGCGGCUGCGCCACUGGAGAACGGAGCAACAGCCCUCCAGGCCGUGACGGAUUAUCUCAAGAAGCUGCAUGGAUAUGUGAUGGGGGAGUUGAUGAAGGGUAUGCUCAAGAGCUUUGAACCGGGUCAGUUCCAGUACUGUCUGACUGUGCCUGCGAUGUGGUCCGAUGGUGCCAAGAAUACGAUGCGCCAGGCUGCGAUUGGGGCUGGAUUGAUCCAGGAAGGCGACCCACCUAACCGGUUGACGUUGAUUUCUGAACCCGAGGCCGCGGCGAUGUAUUGUGAGCGGAAGGUGGAUCAUUUCCAGCUCAAGGACAAGGACCGGUUCAUGAUUUGUGAUGCUGGUGGCGGAACUGUCGACUUGAUUGUGUUUGAGGUCAGUGAACCCCCGGGCAAGGAGCGGCAUCUGAAGGAGGUGACGCGUGGGCAUGGCGCGUCCUGUGGAUCGACUUUUCUUGACGCCAAUAUGGAGAAGUUGCUUGAGCGCAAGUUCAAGAGGUACCGCAAGACGAUCAAGGCCUGUGGGUGGGCGUCGCUGAUGGAUACGUUUGUUGAUAUGGUCAAGCCCAUGUUCAACGGAGAGGAGGAUGUGCUGAUGCAGAUCCCACAGGCGACCGGACUGGAAGACCUAAACGAUCCAGAUAUCGGCUUGGAGGAGGGAGUUCUCUGUGUGUCGGCCGAGGAAAUGAGGGCCGAGGUCUUUGAGCCCGUCAUCUCGGACGUGUUGGACCUGAUCCGGAAACAGUUGCACCAAUCCCAAAACUGCUGGGCGAUUUUCAUGAUUGGAGGGUUCGGGUCGUCGCGGUACCUGGAAGAACGUGUCCGUCAAGAGUUUGGGCACCUGGUUGGCCUGGUCGCUGUCCCACCGCGUCCAGAACUGGCAGUCGUCCGAGGAGCAGUGUAUGCAGGACUCAACACAAAGACGAUCAACAUGCGCGUCGCUCGACGCUGGUACGGUGUCGAUGCCAACAUGCCCUUUGAGGAAGGGAUCGACCCGGAAUCGAAGAAGAUUAUCUCGCAUGAUGGACAUGUUCGAUGCAAGGAGCGGUUCUCGGUCUAUGUCCGUCCAGGACAGCAGAUUGGGGUGGACGAGUGUGUGUCGAAGGAGUAUGUGACCUGGUCGUACCCCAAGGGUUUGGAUUCGCCUCUCUAUGUCUGCAACUCGCCGAAUCAGCCCAAGUAUAUUACUGAUCCGGGCGUGCAGAAGAUUGCUGAUUUCCAUAUCCCCAUGCCUGAGAUCCCGGGUGCCCAACCCCGCACCCGCGUCGUCUUCAAACUCAACAUGUACUUUGGAUUGACGGAGGUGCGCGCAGAGGCGGUAAUCAACGGAAACACAUAUACGACCGUCUGUUCCUUUGGUCAACCCAGCCAGUAA